AUGGCUUCGGCGGUAACCAAAGCCGCACUCUCCGCGCCGCUGAGACGGGCUCUCGUCCAGUCCCAGUCGCGCGGCUUCCAGACCACCACAAAGAGUCUGCUCCCGUCAGCAUUCGGCUCCAGCUCCAGCAUCCCGCCCUCUUACUUCCAGAGGUCAUCGCUCCCCGCCAAUACCGUCAUCCGCUUCGUUCCGCAACAGACAGCAUGGAUCGUUGAGCGCAUGGGAAAGUUCAACCGCAUCCUCGAACCCGGUCUGGCUAUCCUCGUCCCCUUUAUCGACCGCAUCUCCUACGUCAAGUCGCUCAAGGAAAACGCCCUCGAGAUCCCCAGCCAGAGCGCCAUCACCGCCGACAACGUCACCCUCGAACUCGAUGGUGUCCUCUACACCCGCGUCUUUGACGCCUACAAGGCCAGCUACGGAGUCGAAGAUGCCGAAUACGCCAUCUCCCAGUUGGCGCAAACCACGAUGCGAUCCGAAAUCGGCCAGCUGACCCUCGACCACGUCCUCAAGGAGCGCGCCGCCCUCAACACAAACAUCACCGCCGCCAUCAACGAAGCCGCCCAGGCCUGGGGCGUCACCUGCCUCCGUUACGAGAUCCGAGACAUCCACGCCCCCGCCGGCGUCGUCGAAGCCAUGCACCGCCAGGUGACCGCCGAGCGCUCGAAGCGCGCCGAGAUCCUCGACUCCGAGGGUCAGAGGCAAUCGGCCAUCAACAUCGCCGAGGGUAAGAAGCAGAGCGUCAUUCUGGCGUCCGAGGCCUUGCGCGCCGAGCAGAUCAACAGGGCGUCUGGUGAGGCCGAGGCUAUCCUCAUGAAGGCCAAGGCUACCGCCGCCGGUAUCGAGGCCGUCUCCAAGAGCAUUGCCGACGGCGAGGAUGCGGCACAGGGCGCCAUCAGCCUGUCUGUUGCCGAGAAGUACGUUGACGCGUUUGGCAAGCUGGCCAAGGAGAGCACGGCUGUCGUCGUCCCCGGAAACGUGGGAGAUAUCUCCAGCAUGAUUGCCACCGGCCUGAGCGUGUACGGCAAGGUUGGCCAGGCGCAAGCCAGGACGAUGGCGAAGCAGCUUGUCGGCAACGAGGCGGCGGAGAAGUCUGACGAGGGAGCGUCUGGGGAACCCAAGCAGCUGAAGGAUUCGGUGCUCGAGAGCUUUGACCAAGCGGCAGGACAGAAAUGA